AUGGCAGCCGCAAAUGUGCAAGUUGUGGAGCUGGCACCUCGAGAGACGGUGUGGGCCAGGGAGUUCAAAAUCUCCCGCCCAAAUGCACCAGUGACGGUUGAUGAUCUCGCGGAGCUUCGUGAACCGCUGACCCCUCAUUUGACCACACAGCUGCCCUUUUGGGCUAAGGUUAGUUUCAAGAUGACCUUGGUGGCGCACAACCCCAACAAUCCCUUCGGAGAUGAAAACGUCGAGGAUGUGCUUCCCGCGUACGGUGGCUACUACCUGCUUCAGCCUGCUCCUUGGAAGGUGUCGGUCAACGGCGACCCUGAUCGUCGUAUGGCCGCAAUGGUUUCGGUGGUCAGGCAGAAGCUCGAGAUCCACCUUGAGAGGGCAAGAUUCCGGGGAUCGAGAGACAUCAUAGGCCACAUCGAGAGUAUCUACCUCCUCGUGGCUCCCUCUGGCGAAAUGGCUCGUCUUCCCGGCGUUGGCGUCGCUGAAGACAGACCCGUGGGGGCAAAACUCCAUGAAAAGCCGGAGGGUCUCGGCAACAAGCGAGGGGUUUGGAACCCCCAGAACGAUGACAACCUGUGCUUCCAGUGGUGUGUGAGAGCGCACAUGCCCGGCAUUGAGAGCUGGAGCAGCAACGCGCGCAAGAAGGCCGCCAAGAAACUCAGUGAUCGGCGGUUUUACUUAGAUGAAUUUGCUCCAGUGCCAAAUCGCCCCCCGAAGGACGCUAAGUUCAUCCUCAACGACUUUGGCUUGGACUUCUCUACACUUCCGACCGAUCGCGGCGUUGUUUGGACUGACAUAGACGAAUUCGAAGCCGCGAAUCGGGGCAAGGUCGCUUGCUAUGUGUGGGAGUGGAUCCAAGAAAAGUGGGGGGAUCGCAAGUUCUUCCAACGCGAGAUGGUGAGAGGUCCCACUGUGGUGAACGCCCCCAUCGAGAUCCUGUUGCUGCGAGUGGAGAACCACUACAUGCUCAUCUUCAACUACAACAACUUUUGCGGCAACCGCAGCGCCGAGCUCGAUGGCUCAAGGCGGCUUACGUCUCAUGUAUUUGCUUGUCACCGAUGUGGGGGGAGCUUCAAAAGCUCUGAGACCUUGGCCGCGCACCAGGAGAAGCCCUGCAGCCGCGAUCCUGCAAAGAGGUCUGCACACAUUCGCAUGCCUGACAUGAGAAAGAACGAGCACCGCCUUCGCUACAAAGCCGGGAAGUCUGCAGAGCUUGCCCCCCUCGUCUUGUUCGCCGACCUGGAGACUUGGACCGAGGAGGCUCCCAACGUGCAGGUUCAGGAGAUCAGCCAUGGACUUCAGCGAGAUGUGGCUUCUGCGGCCUUUCUGUCCGUGGCUCACAACGGGUUCGAAGUCACCGAGGAGGAGAAGUGUUUUCUCACCCACGCCGAGAGCGGGGAGCACAGGUUUGCCGUCGUGGAGCGCUUUCUCCGCAAAGCCUUGGCUCUUGCCAAGCGCUACCAGGACUGGACGAAGAACACCAAUGUCAUGCCGAAGCCCACAGACUUGCAGUGGAGACAUCACCAGGAGGCUCUUCGUUGUGAGCGCUGCAACAUCCCCUUCCGAGAGGGCGACUCCAGGCGCAUGAAAGUGUGCCAUCACAGGCAUGGCACUGGGGAGUACUUGGAGGCUUUGUGCGCCACUUGCAACAAAGGCAUAAGGCAGCCUCCCUGCGUUCCUGUGUUCUUUCACAACGGAGGGUCCUUCAACUUUGGCUUCCUCAUCAGAGCUAUCGCUUAUCUGAGGGGAGGCGCCGCGUGUGGACCGCAGGAGAUGACGCUGGAGAAUGAGGAGCUCCCCGAGAUGGAGGACGUGGGCGACGAGGUCAACUUCUCCAAGCUAAAGUUUGAGGUGCUGUUCAAGUCCGGGGAGAAGAUGUUGCAGUUUCGCCUCGGCAACUUGGUCUUCCGCGACAGCAUGAACUUUUACAAGCAGGGCCUGGGCGACCUCAUUGACGAGCUCAAGAAGUCCGCGCCCCAAGGCAAUGUGUCUGCAGUCUUCCAGCACGUGGCCUUGGUGCAUCCAGACCUCGGCGAAUCACGCCUUACCGACGACCGCCGCCGACGUCUCUGGCAGCACUUCGCUCCCGACCAAAACAAGGAAGGCUGGAAAGAUUGCCCCCUAGACGUCUUCAAGCAGUGGACGUGGGAGCUUCUUCUUCGUAAGCUGCCAAUGCCGUUCGAGCACAGAGGUAUGGCAGACCCAACCCGUCUGGACCCACCCACUCAGCAGGCCAGACGGAAGAAGGACGAAGCCUACCAGCUUCUCGUGGAGACGGCGUCGAUCAUGGGGUGGCGCAGUUUUCGAGAGAUGCACGACGCCUACCUUGUGAUGGAUCUGGCGUUGUCGGACGUUAUGGAGGCGUUCAGGGGGGCGUUCUUUCGCCGCUUUCGAUUGGACGCUCUCCAGUACAUCACCUUACCGGGGGCAGCCUUCGACGCCAUGCUCUUCAAGUGCACCCUGGCUCGUCCCAUCAACCUUAUCGUGGAGGAAGAGAUUUACCGGGUGGUUAGGCGCUCCGUUAUGGGAGGGCUCAGCUGCAUAUUUCAACCAUACGCAAAAGCCAACCACCCCGACCUCGACGAUUACGAACCUCUGCAACCUCAGAGCUACAUUCUGCCGCUUGAUGUGAAUUCCAUGUACCCAGGCCUCAUGACCCAUCCUCUUCCAUGUGACUCUGGAGAGAUGGUAGCCCUCCCUCAAAGUCAAGAAGAGCGUUUGACCUGGCUGGAAUCGGUGCUGGAGGAGAUUGACUUCCAAGCUAAGAGCGAGGAAGAAUGCUUCUUGGUAGUGAUCGACUUCGAUUUUCCGCCUGAGUACCACGACAUUCUGGAUUGGGCCCCUCCCGCCAGGAUGAAAGUCACGAAGGAGAUGCUCGGGGAUCACUCGUUGAGGAUUGCUGCGGAGAACGGGUGCGAGGUGCUGGGCACUGAAAAACUUGUACCGUAUCUAGGGCUUCACGUCGAAGAAGGAGUGGACGCUAAGAGGCUCAAGUUUAUGCGGGAUGUGAUGAAGGCCCGCGUGCACAAGGUCCAUGCCGCCAUCAAGUUCCGUUGCUCAAGGGCGCUGGCGCCGUGGAUGCAGCAGUGCUACGACGAACGCAUCCAACUCAAAAAGACGGGCCACCCCAUCGAGGCCGAGGCUGUGAAGCUCGUCAUGAACUCGAUCUACGGGAAGUUGAUACAGAAUGUGGAAGGCUACCGCACCGCAGGAGUUCACACUGACGUGAAAAGCUGGCUUCAGGCUCUGGACGGGCAUCGAAUGACCGACAUUGGCGUCAUGUCCACCGGCGAGGCGUUCGUCGGCGUCGUUCACUAUGCCAGUGCCCGAGAGCAACUGCAGAAAAGCCCGGUUCACAUGGGCUGGCGAGUUCUUGAACUGUCUCGCCUGCAGAUGCUGAGCAAUCACUACUUAGGAGUGAAAAAGCUCUGGCCCGGAGCCCGCCUGCUGGCCACUGACACGGACGGCGCCACUUACCAGAUCUUCACGCGGGGGGAUCCGGUUCUGGACAUGGCCCUUGCCAACUGCCAAACAGGACGAUACCCUUGCUUUUUCGACCUGGCGAAGGAGCUCAUGGAGAAGAAGGGGGGCGACCUCUCAUCCCUAAGCCACCUGCCCGCAGACCAGCUCGAACUUGCAAGGAAGCGGUCGGGCGAACUUGGCGGUUUUGGCCUGGAGUACUUCCCGGUCUGGGUCGAGGAGUUCAUCGGGCUCCGCGCAAAGCUUUACAGUCUGCGUUUCAGCUCGCCGGUGAAGGACUCCCUGGACAAGCAGAGGGCAAAGGGCGUGCCGAAGAAGGUAGUGCCCCGCCACGAGGCCUACCGCGAGGCCAUGGUCUCGCUCCAGGAGCAGAAGGUGGACUUCUUCCAGCUGGUGAGCCACCGCUUGCAGAAGAGCUUGGACCUCGUCACGAAGAAGUCCCUCUCGGCCUACAACGACAAGGUUCACCAGAUCAGUUACGACGAGUCUCGACCUCACGGGCACUGGAGGAAUCAUCCCGUGGUGAGCGAUUUCGUCCGGCUAACCGGCGCAUGGGUCGGUGAGAACAUCCUGCGGAUGAUCAUGAGCUAUGGUCCUUUGGAUUGA